UAAACAGGUGUGUGAAGCCAACAUUUUAACUGAUUGCAUCGGAAUGGAAGACCAAACAAUGUGAGUGAGCGUAUUGACAUGGCAAAGGCAGCACCCUCUCCUCCGCUCGCCGACAAUUCCGACGCCGAGAUCCGCCUUCGCGAGGCGGAGGAGCGCCUCCGUGACGCCAUCGAAGUGCUCCAGCGCCGUCAGCGGCGGGCCGCUGCUCAUGCUCAUCAGCACUACCGCCUCGAUUCCCCUCCCUGCGAUCACGGUCCCGACGAGUCCUGCGUGGCUCACGCCAUUGGCAAUCUCUGUCAGACCUUCCUCCUCUCCUAUGGCGUCAGAGUGGGCAUUGGCAUCCUUCUCCGCGCCUUCAAGCUUGUUCGGAAACAGUCCUACUCCUCUCUCCUUGAUCUUAAGCAACUUGUUUCAGAAAAAGAUCUAAUAGUAAGGGAAGAAGCAUGCCGAAUUGGUUUACUUUUUGGUGGUUUUACUGGAUCUUAUCAUGCUCUUAGAUGCUUGUUGCGUAAGUUGAGAAAGAAAGAGGCACCACUGAAUGCAAUUUUAGCAGGUUCAGUUGCUGGUUUCUCAAUUCUCGCAUUAAAUGAUUCAAAUCGGAGGCGCACUCUGGCUUUAUACCUGUUGGCUAGGCUAGCCCAGUGUGCUUAUAAUUCUGCAAAAUCUAAGAACAAGUUUCAUCUUUGGGGAAGCCAUUGGAGACAUGGAGAUUCUUUGUUGUUUGCCCUUGCUUGUGCGCAGGUUAUGUAUGCCUUUGUAAUGCGUCCUGAGAGCCUGCCAAAAUCCUACCAAGACUUCAUUCAAAAGACUGGGCCAGUUGCAGAGCCUGUCUACAAGGCUGUUAGGGAUAGCUGUAGAAGUCAUCCAGUUGAUGUUGCUUCACUGCAUACCUACUUAUCUCAUAUAGGAAAAUCUGACUAUGUUAAGUUGGAAGAAUUUCCCUCCAUUAUUCCGUGUUCUAUCAUUCAUCCAGGAACAAAUUCAUGUUUAGCUCACCAAGUAAAUGCAACAUCAACAACGUUUAAGAAAACAUUCCCGCUUUACUUCUCUUUGACGUUUGUGCCUUUCGUUGUUCUGCACCUACAGAGGUUCACUGAUGCUCCUUUCCGUACUUUCUGGCUUGCUAUUAAAGGCGCUGUUCGCUCGACAACCUUUUUGUCUGCUUUUGUUGGAAUCUUUCAGGGAGUCAUAUGUUUACAUAGAAAAGUUUUUUUGAGAGAUCACAAACUUGUAUAUUGGAUAGCUGGUGGAAUAUCUGCCCUAUCUGUGUUAUUGGAGAAAAAAGCUAGGCGUGGUGAGCUAGCUUUAUAUGUUCUUCCCCGAGCAGUAGAUUCAUUAUGGUAUAUCUUGGUGAACAGGCACCUACUUCCUAAUAUCAGGAAUGCUGAGGUUUUCUUGUUUUCUCUCUGUAUGGGAGGGAUCAUGUAUUACUUGGAAUAUGAGCCGGAGACCAUGGCCCCAUUUCUUAGGGGCCUCAUACGCCGAUUCCUUGCCAGUAGAAUUAGCAAUCCAAGCCCCCCGUCUAAUCGGACUGCUUCUUACACAUACCUGCAAGCUCUUGAUGGCAUGACAAAACCAAGAUUACAGGAGAGGAGAGAUAGUGAAUCUUCAGAAAAGUACAAUCUUGAAUCUAUUCCGGGUCUUUAAGAUUGUAUUUUGAGUUGGAACUGGGAAGAGGUGGUCGCGGAGAUCUGUUUCUUUGAUUAGUUUAUAGGAUAUCUUGUAUCGGGAACCGGGUUCCAUAUUAAUUUCACCAUUGGGUUCCCCAUUUUUUUUUAUUAAUUGUUAACGAAGGUGCUCUCAAUGUUUAGGUAUUUUUCAAAACUUUCUAAUUAUGUGCGGAAAAAAUAAAAAAAAUGAUCGGAUAAUGUAGAAAUUUAAUCAAUUGCUUGCUGGAACAAAUAAUUUACAUUACAUGAUCUUGCAAAGACUAUCAAUAUAAAGUUAAAAUCGAGAGUUAUUCUU